AUGAGUUUACAGGAUGUAGAGCCUCGAGCUCUGGAGACUAUGGACGAAGACAAACUGUGUGAGACAGAGAACACAGAGAACAAUGCAGUAGUACUUGUCGAACAUCUGCCACAAAUUGUUCGAGAAUCAACGCUCCUUCCAGCACCCAUUGCCAAUGCUAUUAGCUUGGUUACGAGGUCCUCUUUUCUUUAUAUUCGACUUUGCACAUUCAUAGGAGGUCUUGCUUUAGAUGGCGCACGAGUAACAACACUCACCGGCCUAGAACUUAGUCGAGCUGUCAUCGAGGGGAUAAUACAUCGUGCUGGAAAAGAUGUGGUCAAUCGAAGUAUCGGAGAAGUGGGAAAGUUGGAAGCAGAAGGAUUAUUGGAACGAAGUAUUGCAAACCUACAUGCAACUAUUACAGGGAUAUCAUUUGCUGCUUCUACUGGUUUUCACUUCUCUUCAGUAGCUUUGUCUUCAGCUACAGAUAUUUCACAACAGCUACUUGGUGCCCUGGAUUCAGUCCUUGGUUCAACUGAUUCUUCGAGGGCUAUCGCAAGUAUCAUUACUCUAAUCCGACGAGAAUUUCAGAACCCCGCUACGGGAGUUGAAGGAGAAAGGGUCAGUGUAGGAGAUCUUUUAUUGGGUAUUUGCGGGUUGGCUUUAUUGCAAAGAUGGUGUCGCAGAUUGACUGAUUUUGAAUGUCGAGAAAACAGGUAUGAGGAAGUUCUUUGGGAUGUGGUUGUGCUUGACGAUGGCCGGCGAGCCGACGUGGUUGAUACGAUCCAAGGAGAUUCGUACAUUCACCAGAACGAUCAUACCAAACUAUCCUUCAUGAAUACAAAAGGCGGUGAAAUGUUAGAGACGAUUGAAAGAGAAGAGCCAAGCCAGACUGACAGGGAAAACGACAAGGCGGAGCGUGUAUUGAGGCAGAGGUUACUACAAUCCCUACCUUCCGAUGCCUCUGUCUCUAUCACAACAUCUACCAUGACAACUACUACAAAAACAAUUAUUGUAGAAGUUUCGGGAUUUGAGCCUCCUGUUUUUUUACCACCUCCCGGGGUAGAAAUAUUGGAAGAACAUGCUAUUAAUAUUGAAACACCAGGCCUAACAACAGGGGACGAACAACCCGAUAUGGCGUCGGUACCAAGGUAUAGAGUUGUAUAUGGUAUAGUCGGAAAUAGUCUACGAAAUACGAGCGUUACAGAAGAGGAUUUAUAUCAGAACAUCGAUGAAGAUGCGGACAGUGGUCAUAAUUCGGGUAAUGAUCACGAAGCUUCCAAUGCCGCUACUCUAAACAGGACACCUAAUCUGAAUAUCAUAGACGAGCCUUUGCCUGCAAAGGAUGUAGGCAUCGUUCGCCGAAAAAGUCUUAGUGGCAAGUCCAAGAUUCCUAGACUUUCAUUCCCAAGCACUUUGGAUGAGAAACUUGAAGAAAGUAUGGAAAUGUAUCAUUCAAUCUCGGCGAAUCAAAAGAGAUCAAGGAAGCCUAUCAGCCCAAUAUCAUCGAAUGAUAGUCCUAAGCAACAGUCUCUGAAGCAGAUAUCGAGUCACCGAGUAGCCAAGAAACCUAAGACCGAGGGACCAAUGGCCGAGGGACAAGAAAAGAAACCCUCUUUUCGCCAAGCGUUGAAGGGGCGAUCUAAUAUCAAAUUGUUGAAUCUGUCCAACAAGGACGGAUGUAGAGAAGACGGCAAACCCAAAAUUCCACCUCGGCCUCGCCCAACAUGGAGCGACCCUACUCAUGCCUCGACUGUCAGAUCUACAUCAUCUCAUUUAUCAGUCCUUCAAAAGCGAUCAAAUAAUGUUAUGGGCUCUCCAACACCUUUACGUGGAAAUCAAAUUCCCUUAACGUUGGAAAAUCUUGACAAGAUUCAGCCUGACUCACCUCGCACUCCAUCCAGUACUAACUUUUACACGAUUCACGAAGAACGAAAAGAUUCGAUGGUUUCACAGACUGACACUUAUUCAAUCCACUCUUUUGAUCAAUUCCGUUCUCAUUCUCCAAUUAUGGCGAGGAAUCGAUUGUUAGGGCAGAAAAAUGCUAUGAAACUAAGAUCGGAGAGAAGUAUGACCCUCGAACAGUCACUUCAGUCACUUCCAACCCCUAAGAGCCAUCGCCGUACACAUUCAAACGAAGAAAGCAUAUUCACAUUGAAUACAAACAAUUCCGAAAUUUGUCUCAUCCCAAACUCUCGAAUCGAGAAAGGAACCUUUGAAGGCAGAGAAGCACUUGAUUGCCUGAUGCGUACUGGUCUAAUCAAUGGCACAUUUCCCAAACGUCACAUCGUACAAAAUAUAACACGUUUCGUCAAGUUUGCAUCUGCCUCUUACGGCUCUAACUUUCUUCGAGUUAUGGGUAUAUCUGACCCUAGUGCAAGGAAAGAGCUUGAUGCAAUACAUCAUCUUGAACAUCAAUCAUUUUCAUCCCAUACACAACUCCCCGCCGACACUAUUCUCUUGUCCUCAUUCGUCGAUCCUCAAGGCGGAACGGAUUCCAGCGGACUCACGAAUACUGGUGUCCCUAUGGUACAUUACGUUUCACUUGAUCAUCAAUCACAGGCUAUCGUUUUGACAUGUCGUGGUACUCUUGGGUUUGAGGACGUUCUCGCCGACAUAACUUGUGAUUAUGAUGAGCUUGUCUGGCGCGGGAAAGCAUACAAAGUCCACAAGGGGAUUCAUGCUUCUGCUCGUAGACUUUUUCAAGGUGGUGGAGGCCGCGUUAUGGCCACAAUCAAAGCAGCGCUUGAAGAAUUUCCUGAUUACGGUUUAAUUAUUUGUGGUCAUUCACUGGGUGGAGGCGUAAGUACUUUGUUGGCGAUCAUGAUUUCCGAACCUGUUAGCGACGGCACAUCCUUCGUUACUUCAUAUACCCCCGAGUAUUCAUUUACUGCCGUUGAUGCCCCGGAUAAUUCUUUCCAUAUACUGCAUCUCCCACCUGGCCGACCAAUUCAUGUCUAUGCCUACGGUCCGCCUGCAACUGUUUCUUCUUCCCUCCGAUCUGCAACCCGAGGUCUCAUCACAACAAUUGUCAAUGGAAAUGAUCUUGUCCCUCGUCUCUCCCUUGGUCUACUUCAUGACCUUCAAGCCGUGGCGCUCGCUUUUAAGAAUGACAAUUCUGGUGCGAAAGGCGAGGUAAAGAGAAGGGUAUGGACGGGGAUGAGUAACUCGUUUUCUGAGAGAUGGUAUGGACGAUCUGGACAUGGAACUGAUGAAGAAGAAGAAGACAAAUGGGCAUAUGCUGCACUCAAAGCGCUUAGAGCUUGUAUGUUGAGCAAUAAGCUGGUACCACCUGGAGAGGUCUUCGUGGUUGAGAGCAUGGCUGUCUUGAAGCGAAAUACUUUUACAAGAAAAGGUGACAUGAGCGAUGGACGAAAUAGUAAAGGGGAAGGUGGAUUAGGCAAACCCGCAACCAGAAGUGUGUUGAAGUACGUGAGAGAUGUGGAAAAGAGGUUCGGUGAAGUGAGGUUUGGGGGGAGUAUGCUGUUGGAUCAUAGUCCGGGUCGAUAUGAAAAUAGUUUGAGUGCACUGGGGAAGGGUGUUCUCGGAGAUCUAUGA